UUAGUUAGUGACGGUGUCUCUCAUGAGGCGGACCUGAAUCGGGGGCUCGAAUCGCGCGGUGGUCCAGAGUUUCCUUGUUGCAAAUACACUCUUCACCUGGCGUUACUAUCGCUCUCCCCCUGAUCGAACGCCGGGAAAAUUUGUCUUUUGAAAAUUGGUAGGGACGACAUGAGUACAAACUCCUCAGCGGGAGACACCGUCAUUUCGACGAAGACGAGUACGGGAACAACGAGAUCCGGGGAAUCGGAUUUUCCCGGAAUCGAUAUCGAGGGGUUGGAUAUCCUUGCCCGGGCAGAAUCGACACCUGUGGCAAGGAAGAGGCACCGGCAGGAACCGAGCUGUUCCAAAACGGAGGUCCCCAUCAAGUCCCCUAAGCGCGCCGACGAAACUCUCGGCAGCCGGAAGAACGAGCGUCUCCGUGAUCGUGGACAGGAGCCGGACGACGCGAGAAUCCUUUCGAUACGGCCAACGCGGGGCACCCCGACGACGACCGUUUGCCAAAAUAGCGCCGAUGUUAUCGACAGCGGGAUUCCAUCCCUCGCGGCCACCGGAUCCGGGAGGGAUGUUCUUUGCAGAAAUAACAAUACGAAAAGACUCAAAGAAUCGGGCGGAAUCCCCGGAAAGGCUUGGGAGGAUCGAAAGUCGCCGCGGAAAAUGCUCCCGGAUGGUAUAAGUGGUUCGAAAGUCGAGGCACAACAUAUGCAGCCUGAGGCGACGGUCGCCGUUCCUCAAGCACAGCGAGCGAAUCAGCAACAGCAUUUGCCGAAAAGACGGGACGAAGCCGCGAGGCUCCGGAAGACCAUACAGUGGCUGGAGGAAGGGGCGCGGAGAAUGAGAGAGGAUCUCGCGACGACACGCGCGGAACUCGACGAGGAGAGAAAGGCCGCCAGGUUGGCUAGGAGGGAACUCGACGCAGCUGUCAAGGAUGCGAAGACUGGCGAGGCGACGAGGUAUCUUCGAAUCAUAUCCGAACUCAAGUCGAGAUUGGCGCAGUCGCCGACCCGGGCACCUUUGGAGUCCACGUCGCCGUCCGCGAAGGCGAAACUUCUGAUUGAGGAUAACCGUCGUCGGGGUUUAGCCGUCCUGAAAAAACGACUCGCGGAGGCCGAAGCUUCCGUUCAGCGGCUCAAGUCAAGCGUCGGCACUCCACACGGCUAUGGGAAACGGGGAACGAACGAGGACGUCAACGCCCGAAAACUGGAAGUUGAAGUGCGAUCCCUGAGAGCCGCGAACAGGAAACUGGAGGAACGGUUACAGGUUGUUGCAGAUGCGGAAAGGACGCGCGCGGCGGAGCUUCGGGUGCAACACGAAAACCACGAGAUGCAGCUUGCGGCGCUGCAAAGAACCCUUCGCGGCGACACAAUACGAAUGAUGGACGAAAUUCGAAGUAAAACAAGGGAAAUCGAAAAGUUGGAAAGACUGGUGUUGGAGGGCUCUCGGAUCCACAAGAAGCUGCGGGCGAAGAAAGACGAUCUGAUGCGAAAGUUGCGCGAGUCGGAACGAAGUAAUCAGAUUCGUCUAACGCCUCGCAUAGGAGAGAUCUCCAACAGCAGCGAACAUGUCGCGGAGGGCUUGUGCAACGGUGUCUGUCAGGCUGCGGCAGAGGUCGAACGUCUUCGGGAACUUGGCGUGGAACAAGAGGAGGUCAUCGAAGUUCUCAGACAAGCUCUCAAGGAAAAGGAACGCAAACUCGAGCGGAUAUGCAACAAGAAGCGGAAGGAGGAGUUCUACAAACAGUGGCUGGAGCUGGAGCCCGUCGUAGAAGUUGACGACGAAGAGGAACACGAGGAGGGGGACAGCGCCUUGUCCAGCGCCCCGUCUUCGCUCUCACCCCAACCCGGUGGAUGCGGGCAGUGCAGGCAACACACCGGUGUCACCAAAGAAGCUUACGAAACGGUCUUGCUGCAGGUCGAGGAGCUGCAGACCAGACUCGUUGAAGAACAGCGAGAACUCGCCCACGCUAAAAGUCAGGUUCGCGACCUCGAGAUAGCUCUGCUCCAGGAGACCAGAGGAAGUCAGAACGGUAAAAGAGCUCUCGGUGAAAAGCUGCGUGAGAUGGAGGAACGCGAGGCCGACUUGAUGGCGGAAGUCACGGAGCUCCGGGAACAGAACGAGCUGCUCGAGUUUCGUGUCCUUGAGUUGGAGGAAACGCCCUGCCUCCGCGACACACCCGACCCUGCCGACAGCGGUAUCGUAUCUCCGGAGCCGAUUCACCUUUACAAGGAACAGCUGUGCAAACAGCGCGAUCGCGCGGUAGCUACGGUGAUUCCGUACAAUACGUACGCCUGUCCCGUCUCUCCGAUACCCCAAAAAACUCCCCUAUCUCUGCAGGAGAGCGGGAUUUUCGACGAGGACGACGAGGGGCACGUUGAACUUGCGAGUUGCGGGACUCAAACGGAUACUCCGGCUGGAGAUCUUCUUCAGGAAGUUCGGCGUCUCCACGAGUUGCGGGCUCGUAUCCAGGAGCGUGCGGUCAAAGUUCCGGUGCCGGUGGUCGAGCCCAGGGCAUCCUCUCCCUCCGACCUCUGCGACGUGUCGCCGUCACUCCUACAGGCCAACUCGAAUCACGCGUAUGAGGCUCGAAUCCGGGAGCUCGAGCAGAGGCUCGCUACCUACGAGGAAGCGGAACGCGACCGGGUGCACGCGAAGAAACUCUCCAAACAAAGAGAGGAGGAACUCCUCGAUGAAAACUACCGGCUCACCGAAACGAUAUACUGGUUUGAGAACGCUCUGCGCAACCAUAAAAAUACGGCAUUGGAUUUCUCGGGCAAUCGGGAUACAGCGGAGUGCGUAUCCCACGCGGGAGAAGCCCAUCGCGAUUCUCACGAUUUUAUAAAACAGAGGAGCGACGCCCAAGCGGAGGUUCUCGAUAGAAUGGAUAUUCACGCCUCGACGGAGCUCCACCCCCGCGAAAGAAGUUCAACAGAGGAUAUCCCGAGCAGUAUUAACCGUGGUAAUGAAGAGGCUGGAUCGAAUGAAAUUGGGCAAGUGGAUGUGCCGGCGCGGGAGGAGUUUCCGGCGACACGGGGCAUUGUGGACCUCGAGUCUCCGGAGGCGAACAAAACUUGUUCAGCGAUCGAACUCGAAUACUCGACUCAACUCGAAGAGCUUCGUUCCAGGAUGGAUGAAGAAAUUUCGACUGAGGAAGUGCUCCUUCGCCGAGGUUCGGGCAAACUCGAAGACAGGCGCGAACAAAUAAAAGCGUACCGAGUACUCGACGAGUGUCAUACAACGGAAAUGAAAGAAAAAGACGAUGAUUCGAUCCAACCGGGGCUGGAAAUUUCCACACCCAUGGACGUGGACGAAGUCUGCGAAGAAACUUGUAAAUCGGAUCAUCCGAUGGAUCUGGUGACGUCUUCGCACGUGACGAUGACAGCGACUUCAGGGCCAGAUACGACGAGUGAGAUCGAACCUUGGACUCUCCUCGUAGCUGCGGAAUUGGCGGUGGAGGCGAAAGAGGGGGAUGUUACCUCCGUCGCUGAGAGCGUCGACAACGGAGCAGAAGAGAUUGUCGACGGAUCGUACGAGGACCGACCUUUUGGGGAUGGUGAAUUUGGCGAGCGUGAAGUCGGGCAUGGUAACGCGGUGGACGCGGACCCGGUAGUGACGAUAAACGAGAUAGAGCCCGAAACGAAGGUAAUCUACUUUCGUUGGAGAUGAAAUCAACUGCUCGGGGUUCCUCCGCGGUGCGUCAGUCAAAUUUUCGGCUAUGUGUUCGCGGGUGCAGAACUCGUACUUCCAACCCCACUGUUCCCUCAGUGGAAGUUGUCGAACUGCAGUCUCCAGACCGGGUUAAAAAGGACGAAUACGCUGCCGCUACUUGGUGAGUCCAAGUGACGAACAGACUUACGUCCGUCGCCUCCUGUUUUUCACGUGCAUCACGAUACAAUCUAUAAAUAUAUCAUCUGUCUCGCUCAAUCGCCUCGCGCCCGCGACACUCACCCCCCGAUCGACGUCUCCGGAAUGAGGAGAAAGACGAAGAACAAGAAGACGAGGAAUAAAGUGCCGGCAAGAAUAUAUUAUAAUAAUGACGUCUGAUAUUUAUUGUUAGAGAACUGUUGAUACUGUAAAUAUCUAAAUUUAUUGUUAGAAACA